GACGGACCUCCCACGUGACAGCCGUAGAGCCAGUGACAGGCAUUGACGUCACUGAGUGUACACGUCGCCCAUAGUGUAAAACAUCUAUAAGUUACCCAGCGCAGAAAGAAAACAAAAAAAAGCAAUGGAUGUACUUAAUAUCGAUGCUUACAUUAAAACUACCAAAGCUCUUUACAUCAUUUUCAUCAUCCUCAUUGUACUGUGCAACGGGGCGCUGAUCUUCAGAAUUUGGAGCCAGAAACAAUUUUUCUACAGCGCUAAAUAUCUCUUACUUGUGUCGUUGUCCAUAGGUGACAUUUUCCUGGCUCUUUAUUCAUUGGUUAUAUUGACCAGGUUAUGGUUUCACGAUUUUUCAAUAGGGGAGGCAACUUGUAGUUUAUUGCUCACGGCUGUUGUUUAUCAAGCAUAUCUCAUCAACUUUGUCCAUGGCAUUGGGCUCGUUGUUUUAUCAGCAGAGUAUAUUCACCGCUUCAGAUUUAACAGGCAACGAACGAAAACUCAAACAGAUAUACUGAGGGGGUUGGCCAUCAGUUGCGUCCCCUGGAUUCUGGGUCUUGUGAUUAUACUACCACUGUUAAUGGUAGGGGUGGACUUAGAAACAUGUGAUGAGCUGGACAACAUGUCCAGGCUACAAGCUGCGGGUAUUGUAUCCACCAUUGUCCCCGCAGUCAUAGCCCUUGUCACAGCUAUCUGUGUGUCGUGCAUAAAGAAGGAUCGCGUUCCACAACAGCAGAUAGAGCUGACCCCACAACAAAACCAGGUCUUUUCUAACCAGGUGUCACAAUGGAACACGCAAGGAGCACCGGUUAUUGACGGUUACAACAAGCAACCAGAGAUGACCCCACAAAACAGCCAUCCAACACAAACUGCCCCACAAUAUAAUUAUGCACCACAGACAUCUCCAUAUAACAACUAUCUACAACAAUGUCCACCUUCCAGUUAUAUGGGACCACCCGCCUACAACUCUAGCUACACGCCAGCAAUGAACAACACCCAACUUAACAAUGUAGAUAUAGAACUCAACCCCAACCCUCACAUCACAACAACACCAGUAGUUAUCAACAAUGAAAAAUACAAAAUUCUUUCCCUUGCAUUGCUCUUCUUUUUUCUCGUGGUUCCUCAAGCUAUUUUCUUUUUGGCUUAUAGUCUGAACCAUAACCUUGCACUUUCUAAAGUAGCCUACUACACCAUACACGACGGUCUGGUGUGGUUAAUGCUUCUACGUCCCAUCAUUACACCGUUAAUGGUUAUUGCCCCAUCGUAUUUGCAACAUGCCUAGUUAAAAUUAAGUAGACUCCCGAAUUCCAAAGAGUAACUUACUUAAAAAUAUCUGACAUUGAGUCUGCCCACAAGAUAGGGACGUCACUCAAUUAUAAUUACAUUUUACAUAAUCACAUAGUGUCGAAUUAAGUCAUGCACAUAUGUCUAUAUAAUCUAAAAAACUAAUUAUGAAAUUAAAAAAAAAACCGCCGCCUCAGUUUUAGAACUUAUCACGGCUGGUGCUGAGAAAGUGUGUUUUCUCUAUAUUGGCUUAUCAAAACAAAAUGUUUUUCUGCUUUUAUUUGUAAAUUAUAAAUGUGUUUAAAUAAUGUUUCUGUUAUCCUUGUGAUCUCCUUUUGUGCAUAAUAUAUAGUAGAGUUUAAGGUUCACAUCAUUGUUCAAUAAAUCAUAUGCUGCUUUAAAUAAUUUAAAAUGUAUCAAAAUAUUUAUAAAUAAUGCAAAAUUAUUCGAUUUGUUGCUUUUUCGUCAGUGAAUGUUUAAUUGAUUAAAUUUGAUUUGGUUAAUUAUGUUGUUGAUGUUGCCUGUUUUGAGGAGGGACCUGCUAAUAUAUGCACAUUUA